UUAACCAACAAGUUAGUUAAAUGCUUAAGCGCUUGCGUAUAUAGUUAAUUACUUUUAAGUUAAGUGCGACAAAUAGAAGCUACAGAUGCUGCGCCUACUCCUCAGCAACUGCAAUCGCAGCGAUAUGAUCAGUCGGAGCCUGCUGCAGCAUCUGCCGCAGUCGCCGCUCGGCACACGGCUCCAGAAUGCCACCAGGCUGAUGCGCCAGCAUCAAUGGGCCGGACCACGGCCGGCGGCCGCCAAAGUCCAGACGGCGCGCGCCUUGCUCUGGGGUGGCGGCUGUUUGGGCGUAGGCGUGGCAGCGCGCAGCUGGUGGACGAGUCGAGCGCUGGCCCACUGCGAGGGCAAUCGGCUGGCCGGCGUCAUACAGCACACGCUGCAGCAGGAGACGGACAAGAACUUUGACUGGAAGCGCCUGUGGUCAUAUCUGGAGCCGCACACCUGGGAGCUGAUCGGUGCCAUAUUGGCAGCCCUAAUCGUGGCCUUCAUAAACAUCCGGAUACCCAAUCUGCUGGGGGAUCUGGUCAAUAGGCUGGCGCGCUACGCCAACACCUAUGUGAUGGACCCGAUCAACAACUCCUUCGUGAAGGACGUCAGCAAGCCGGCCAGCAAUCUGCUGAGUCUCUACAUGCUCCAGUCGGGCUUCACCUUCGUCUACAUCUAUCUGCUGAGUCGCGUGGGCGAGCAGAUGGCCGCGCGGAUGCGCCAGGAUCUGUUCAAGCAAAUCGUGCUGCAGGACAUCUCCUUCUUCGACGAGAACCGCACCGGUGAGCUGGUGAACCGCCUCACCGCCGACGUGCAGGACUUCAAGACCUCCUUCAAGCAUUUCGUCGCCCACGGCCUGAGGAGCGGCGCCCAGCUGAUCGGCGGCAGCGUCUCCCUGUUCAUGAUAUCGCCCCACAUGGCGGCCAUCGCACUGGCCAGCGUGCCCUGCGUCGUCCUGUUCAUGUCGUACCUGGGACGUAAGCUGCGCUCCCUCAGCAAAAGCUCGCAGGCGCAGGCGGAACGCGCCACUGGCGUCUGCGAGGAGGCUCUGUCCAACAUACGCACGGUGCGGUCCAGCGCCUGCGAGUACCGGGAGAUGGAGCUCUUCGAGCAGGAGACGAACGAGGCGGCGCGUCUCGCCCAGGAGCUGGGCUACGGCAUCGCCGUCUUCCAGGGCCUGACCAACUUCUUCCUGAACACCCUCGUCCUGUCGACGCUCUUCAUGGGCGGCCACCUGAUGUCCACAGAGAGCCUGACGCCGGGCGCUCUCAUGGCCUUCCUGGUCGCCUCGCAGGGCGUCCAGCGCUCGCUCUCGCAGGGCUCCAUCCUGCUGGGCACCAUGAUACGCGGCCUGACGGCGGGCAGCCGCGUCUUUGAGUUCCUCUCGCUGCAGCCCAAGGUGGAGCUGUUGCGCGGCUACAUCAUACCCGAGGAGCGGCUGCACGGCGAGAUUCGCUUCGAGAACGUCUGCUUCGCCUAUCCCAUGCGACCGGAUCAUCUGGUGCUGAAGGACUUCAACCUGACGCUGCGACCCGGCCAGACGGUCGCCCUGGUCGGCGCCAGUGGCUCGGGCAAGUCCACCAUCGCCGCUCUCCUCGAGCGCUUCUACGAACCUACCUCAGGCAACAUCAAGCUGGACGGCUACAAGCUCUCCGACAUCUCGCCCUAUUGGCUGCGCGCCAAUGUGCUGGGAUUCAUUGAGCAGCAGCCCAUUCUCUUCGGCACCAGCAUCCUGGAGAAUGUGCGCUACGGCAAGCCGGACGCCAGUGAAACGGAUGUCUACGAUGCAUCCAAGCUGGCGCAGUCGCACGACUUUGUCACCAGCCUGCCCGAUGGCUAUGCCACGCACGUGGGCGAGCGCGGCACCCAGCUGAGUGGUGGCCAGAGGCAGCGCAUCGCCAUCGCCCGGGCGCUGGUCAAGAAUCCGCGCAUUCUCAUUCUGGACGAGGCGACGAGUGCGCUGGACGCCACCAGCGAGUCGGAGGUGCAAAAGGCCCUAGACACUGCCGUGCAGAAUCGCACCACCCUAGUGAUAGCACACAGGCUGUCCACGAUACGCAAUGCGGAUCUGAUUGUGGUCAUGGAUCAGGGACGCGUUGUGGAGACGGGCAAGCAUGAUGAGCUGAUGGCCAAGCGUGGCCUGUACUUUGAGCUAGUGCGUCAGCAGGAGCGGCGCGAGAACCAAGAGCAGAUCCUUGACCAGGCACAGAUCCUGGAGCCGGCAGUUAGCGAAAAUUCCCCAACCGUCGAGACGACGACAAAGAAUACAGUACAAUAACAUAACGACAUAUAUAUAGAUAUCUAUCUAUAUAAUUCCCCUGUACAUACAAUAUUUUUUUAAUUUAUUUUAUUGUUUGAGAGAUUUACAUUUAAAUUAAAAAACAUAAAUCACAAAUUCGAUGAGAUAAGUUAAAUAGGCCGAACAAUUGCUGUUCAUGUUAAAUAAAAACCAAAACGAAAUACAUUAUUUUCGAUGUACAUAAAGCAAGUCUAUUA